UUUAGCGGCGCACACGAGAGGGAGCGUACAAUCCCACUGUCACCACCACAAGUCCUACUCCACUAACUUUUCUACUCUUCACUCCAACAUUUCUAAUCGGAUCUGACAUCCGCAGGAAUAUAUCUGGUGCUUAAGAGAGAGGACACAGAGCCGAGCAACAGGAGGAAAAAGGAAACGCCGUUUUAAAUUCUCCGUAUUGCAUUUAUUUUGGGGAGGGGGGCUGAAAGUGAACUUCGACAUGUCUUGCGGUGAUGCCUCGGAUCAGAGUCGGAGGUUCUGUGUAUUGUCUUGGGAUCAGGUGCAGCGCUUGGACUCGAUCCUAGGGGAGGCUGUGCCCAUCCACGGCCGAGGAAACUUUCCCACUCUGUCCGUGCAACCACGCCAGAUUGUCCAGGUGGUGCGGGCAAGGCUGGAGGAGCGAGGCGUGUGUGUCAAAGACGUGAGACUGAACGGCUCGGCUGCCAGCCACGUCCUCCAUCAGGAUACAGGACUAGGCUACAAGGACCUGGACCUGAUUUUUGGUGUGUCGCUGAAAGACGAUCAGGCCUUCCGCCUGGUGAAAGAUGUGGUGCUGGACUGCCUUUUUGACUUCCUGCCAGCCGGGGUCUCAAAGGAGCGAAUCACUGCGCUGACCCUCAAAGAGGCCUAUGUACAGAAACUGGUCAAAGUCUGUAAUGACACGGAUCGCUGGAGUCUCAUCUCGCUGUCCAACAACACUGGCAAAAAUGUGGAGCUUAAAUUUGUGGACUCUUUACGGCGGCAGUUUGAAUUCAGCGUGGACUCUUUCCAGAUCUGCCUCGACUCGCUGCUUUUGUUUGACCGCUGCUCAGAGACACCCAUGUCUGAGAACUUUCAUCCCACGGUGAUUGGGGAGAGCGUGUACGGAGACUUCAUGGAGGCUAUGGAGCACCUCUGUCAGAGGACCAUAGCCACACGCAGCCCUGAGGAGAUCAGAGGGGGCGGCCUACUGAAGUACUGCCACCUGCUGGUGCGGGGGUUCAGACCCUCCUCAGAAGCGGACAUGAAGCAGAUGCAGCGCUACAUGUGCUCGCGCUUCUUCAUUGACUUUUCAGACAUAGGAGAGCAGCAAAGAAAGCUGGAGGCUUACCUGCAGAACCACUUUGCAGGCAUGGAGCACAAACGGUACGAGUGCCUGAUGACUCUGCAUCACGUAGUGAACGAGAGCACCGUGUGUCUGAUGGGCCAUGAACGCCGCCAGACUCUCAGCCUCAUUUCCAUGCUGGCGCUGAGGGUGCUAGCUGAGCAGAACGCCAUCCCCACUGUAACGAAUAUCACGUGUUAUUACCAGCCGGCUCCGUAUGUGCAGGACAUCAACUUCAGUAAUUAUUAUAUAGCACAUGUGCAGCAGCCACAGAUUUCACCGUGCAGUAAUUCAUAUCAGACGUGGCUGCCCUGUAGCUGAACUGUUCAAGAGAGGUAGAUGUGUCUCCAUGCUCUUUAUCCUUAUAAGGAAAUGGACUGAAAAAAAAGACAAAACAAAAGGAACCCAUGUAUGCCGAAUGUGACUUGACUUAACAAUCCUGUACUGCUGUCCUGAUUGAGCCGACACUUUUUCUCUCACUUGUUUUGUCUUGCAAAACAUCUGUAAGAUUGCUGGUCAUUUCUGAGAUGUAGCGAUAAUAUCAUGUUUAAGUAUUAAAAGGUCUUUAUGAAGCUUUAUAUAUGUCCAAAAUACAUUUUUGAGGAAGAUAAAAAAAAAACAUUGAAGCUGGUAUUUUUUCAUACUCUGGCUUUAUUUUAUUUUUAAUUACAUACCGGACCAAAGAUGUAUUUGUUGUUCAGAAAGGGAAUGUUCUUAUGAUUCCAAGUGCCUAAAAUGAACCAUGAAAUGUUUUGAAACCAUCUGUAAAGUGAGGGGCAGGGCACCCAGUGUUUUCUACAUGUCUGUCUCUCUUUUCAGGAACAGAGGCAUUCAUUUUUGUCAGAUUAAAAAAGGCAAAACUACAGUGUUUUUGUAUUG